ACUAUGUUGAAGCUGAUCAGUGAUAGAUUGCAACAACAUGUUCAUGAUGACAUGCUUGAAAUUGCAUGGUCAGCAAUGUGGAAUGUAACAGAUGAAACUCCAGUUAACUGUCAGAGAUUCUUAGAUGGUCAUGGCAUGACCUACUUCCAGAAGUGUCUUAGGGAAUUUCCUGAUAAACCAGAACUUCUACGCAAUAUGAUGGGGUUGCUAGGAAAUGUUGCAGAGGUAAAAGAACUGAGAUGCCGUCUUAUGACCUCAGACUUGCUGACCACCUUCGCUGAUUUAUUAGAUUCAAAUUCAGAUGGGAUUGAGGUUAGUUACAAUGCAGCAGGAGUUUUAUCUCACAUUGCAAGCGAUGGGGUGGAAGCCUGGACCAUAGACCAUCCAACAAGGAAUGAAGUUCUGGAGAGAAUGGUGGCAGCUAUUGAGCGAUGGGAUCUUGCAUCUAAAAGAAAUAUUAACUAUAGGUCAUUUCAACCAAUAUUGAGGCUUCUGGAGGUGUAUCACACACCACAAUGUCAACAUUGGGCCGCUUGGGCACUUGCAAACCUUACUAGGGUUUAUCCUGAUAAAUAUUGUUCAUUAGUUGAAGAAGAAGGUGGCAUCCAGCUCCUAGAAGUGCUUCUCAAGUCGUCAAUACCAUACAUGCGGAUCCAAAACUUAGCCAAGAUCGUCAUUACUCAGUGCCAACAUUAUAAGGACUUUGGCUCUCUGGAGCGCAUGGAUUUAGACUCCGACAGUUAGUGCAGAUGGAACGCCAGCGCUAUGCAGAAAUGAUGCAAGAGACAGAUUCAUGCUGUUCAGUAAGAAUUUACUGUAUUUUAAUGGGAAUCAUGAAUAGCAUUUUUUCUGGUUAUUUGGUGAUCAGAAAAUGUCAUGCCAUAGCUUUAUAUUUUAGACUAUUUUUUUGUUUGUUUGUUUGAGAAUCAUAGCACAGGUUGUUUUGAAGAGCAUGUUAAUAUAAACAUCAUAUUUACAUUGAAACAUAUGAUAGAAAAAAAACACUAGCUAUUUCAGAAAGAGAAUAACAUAUGGUAUUUCACUUUAGCUCUGAAAUUUUUCAGAAUCACAUUGAAAUAUAGCAAAUUAAAGAUAGUAGUGUACUAUGAACUUUUAAGGUUAGUUCCAGUAAAAAAAACUGUGAUAACAGAAGGACUGAAGGCUUUCUGCUAGUGUAUGGAGUGCAUGGUAGUAUUAAAAUCCAUCAGGCUUCAGGAGAAAGGCUUGGUUUUCUCUUCAUCGCUAUGCAUUUAACUUACAAGAUCAUUAGAGAUUUUAAAUACACAAUAUUUCUAGACAAUAAAAUGUUUGUUAAUUGAAAUUAUGUAACACAACAUGAAUUCAGUGUCAGCAUCAGCCCCUUUGGUAUACCAGUUUACCAGUGAAGGAACAUAGAGUAAGACAGGAUGAUCAGAAAAUGACAAAAUGAAAUAUAUAUAAAUAUAUAUAUAUUCACCCCUAGUGAGAUAUUUUGUUUCCUGCUUAUAUGCAAAAUUGGCUUUCAGAUGCUAUUUUUCAGGCAUCGUAUCACUGUCUAGGGGCCAACUUUUAUACCUUUAAUUGCCUUUUGGAGCUUUCUCAAGAGUUAUAGUUAACUACCUCCAGUCCCUACAAUAUAUAUUUCAAGCAGGUUUGUAACAAGAUAACUGCUCAGGUGUAUACUGCAGUCAUGUGUAAAAGUACUUAGUUUAUAUAUUACCAUGUUGUACAUGGAACCAAUGCAAGCAGUAACAAUUCAAUGUGGCCCCCAGAUACCUUUUACGGCCCAUUUUUAUUGGUGACAGGCGCAGAGGCUCACGUACGUUGUGUCAUCAGGCUCAAAAGAUAUUUUGUGUCUUACCCAAGAAGACAGUAUGUAAUUUCUCAAUAGUUAGAGAAUCACUUGUGUAUUAUGUAAGAUCACCCAGUUCUGUGCAAAUGUAUUUGAAUACCCUAGUAUAUCACCUUUGCAAGAUCAUUUAAUUAACAGAGCUGAUUGAUCAUGUUUUUACUAUCCUGCAUGUGUGAUUCAAGAUAAUGAAAAUAUGGUAUUUGUCAGGAAUUAUGAUAUUACACUAUUUUUCCCUCUUUCUGUACUGUAAGACUGCAAUACAGUAGGUAUUCUACAGAGUGAAUUAGACAAGAAAUUUGUCUAUUAUAGAAUUUUUAGUUCAGUAAGGACUAAAACCAAAGCUAUGUUUUAUUACUAAAGAUAAAUGAUAUCCUCAGAGACAGUUUUAGGACUGCAGAAUUGACUUGGAACAGUUUACAUUUGUUAACAGAAAGUUAUUGAUUAUGGAAAUAUUUUAAACAUGUAAUCUAACCAAUUUCCUCAAUACUAAAAAAAAAAGUUUUUAAACACUACUGAAUAUUUUAUAAAAAAGAAAAAAAAUUAUGGAAAAUAUCAAUUUUUUCCUUACAUAUGUAAUAAGUAGGGUUGAUGCAUAGAUACAUGCUUAUACAGUAGCACUGUAGAAAAGCAAUGAGUUAUGGCAGAAUCUCCCUACCAAAGUCAGCCUGCCAUUAUGUGCUGCAAUGUGAUACUUUUUCUUCUGCAUGGUGAUGAAAUGUUAACAAUCA